UGUAAAAUCAGACGGAACGUUCAUAUAGUGUAGAAUAUGCAGUGAAUAAAGAAUCAAUAGGGAAAAGAAAGAGAAAAAAAUGAAAAAGAUAUUUUCAAAACUUGAAAAUAAAAAUGAGGAAAAGCUACCAUCAAAUUACGUGACAAAUUACACGGGAAAAGUAUUUCAAAUUAAUAAGCAUUCAGUAGUUGUUGAGGAGAUUCUCGCUGAAGGCGGUUUUGCUAUCGUUUUUCUCGUGAAAGGCAAUAAUGGAGUCAAAUAUGCACUUAAAAGGAUGUAUGUUAAUAAUGAAACAGAUCUUACCGUGGCAAAAAGAGAGAUUCAAAUAACUAGUAAUUUGAGUGGACAUAAAAAUCUUAUUGGAUUUAUUGAUAGCAGCAUCACAAAUGUUGGAAAUGGAGUGUACGAGAUUCUUGUGCUCAUGCCGUACUAUAAAGUUCAUCUAUUAAAUUUAAUGAAUUCAAAACUUAAUGUUGGCUUCACUGAGCAAGAAGUGUUAAAAAUCUUCUGUGAUAUAAUUGAAGGCGUAUCGCGAUUGCAUCAUUGUCAGACACCGAUAUUACAUCGCGAUUUAAAAGUUGAAAAUGUGUUACAAAAUGAUAAUGGUGAUUUCAUAUUGUGUGAUUUUGGGAGUGCAACUGGCAAGAUUUUAAAUCCAAAGAUUCAUGGAGUUUCGGUUGUUGAGGAUGAGAUAAAGAAAUACACAACGUUGAGUUAUCGUGCACCUGAAAUGAUUGAUUUCUAUACAAUAGGUUUGCCUAUAACAGUAAAAAGUGAUAUUUGGGCACUCGGAUGUUUCCUAUUUAAAUUAUGCUUCUUUACACUUCCGUUUGGCGAGAGUACACUAGCUAUUCAGAAUGGCAACUUUACUAUUCCUGAUAAUUCAAAAUAUUCAACUGCUAUGCAUCAAUUAAUACGUUUUAUGCUGGAACCUGAUAUUGAUAAGCGACCAAAUAUAUUCCAAGUUGGUGAAAUCGCUUUUCCAAUGCAAAAUAGAAAGAAUCCUAUACAAAAUCUCUAUAAACAACCAAUUCCAAGUGUAGAAAAUUUGAUAACUCCACCAUUCGAAAGUGACGUAAAGAAAUCAACGAUUCUGACUACUCCUAAAUCGUCUGCAAAGCCUGCAUCAUCAAUAACGGCAACAACAGCUAUAGCCGCUCCAUUAUCAUCAAAAGAAACUAGUGUUACGCCUAGGCAACGACCGAAAGCUUAUCAAUUAACUCCUGUUAGCAAUAAUCAAUUUUCAAUUGGUCGUUUACCACCAAGUCCUUCACCGAGAAAUGUCCUUUCGUCACCGAUACCAGCGAAAACGCCUGAUAAUUUUAAUGCCCAAUUUGAGGUAGAUUUUAAUAAUAUUGAUCAACAUCAAACAGCACCAGUGAUAUCUCAAGUUAAUAUGGCACCAUCAACGAAUGUUUUUAAGCAACCUCAGCCACCAGUACAGCAGCAACAAAAUAACGAUACAGCUAAAUUCGAGAACUUGUUUAAGUCAUCAUUUCCCGAUCCCUUUGAACAAGAUGACGAAAUCGUUCAGAUUCAAACGAAUUAUGAGCAGCCGCAAGUUAUUAAUCAACAGCAACACUUGUUUGAUAAUGCAAUUGAUGGACAACAGCAAGUCACGGCAAAAAUAAAUCAACAUCGUCGUUAUAUGAGCGACACGUCAGGCUUUAAAAGAAAUCAUCCUGACCUCGUUGAAGCUGGACAUUCCUUAUCAAGUGGUGAUUUAAUGUCAACAAACUUUAAAAAAGACACAACAGAAGCAAUUUCUAAAUGGAAUCCAUUUGAGGAUUCAAAUUUCAGUCAAACGGAAGUUGUGGCUGAAGAAGAGGAUCUCUUUGGUGCUGAGUUUGAUAAAAUUAGGCAAGAAGGAACAAAGUCAUUAGAGCAAUUAGCGCCGGCAGUUGAAAAUCCUGCGUUGCCAGAAGAUCCAUUUCAAGCACCAUUCAGCCUGCGACAACAGAGGGCACUUAAAAAGAACGGCAGUGUGGAACUGGAGGGGAAGCUUUGUAUUUAAUUUGUUUGCUAAAAUUUUACACGUCCAGCUAGAAACAAUAAAGCUACAGUGGUUCCGUAAUUUAUGCAUGCUUAGUUAGGAACAAUUCAAAGUGAAAAAUGUUUUCAGUCUUUACUUAUUUUUCUAAAAAUUCUUAAAUGGUUAAAAAAACAGAUACAAGCAACAAGUCGUGAAUGAAUGAAAUGUUAUCGAUCAAAUAAAUUUUAAAUAAACAAAUUACAUAUUCUAAAUGUAAUCAUAAAUUAAUUAAUUCUAAUAAAUAAUAUAAAAUAUAUUAAUUAUACAACAAGAGAAACAAUUAUGAAAUGUGAAAAAAGAACUUGCAAAUAUGAUGGAGUUCUUAUGAUUUACUGCAAAUGUGUUAAGAUUAUGCAAAGAUGUUUAAUAAAUACAAAGAAGUAUGUAUCACAUAUGAUGCUGAUGAUAAAAAAAUAUAUAUAAUGCAAAAUAAUUAUAAAAAAAGAAAAAAGAGGAAUAAAAAGUGAAUGAAUUUUAUGACCAA